AUGCACCCUGCUCCUUCCUGUCUUCCCCUUGCCUACAUUCGCCAUUACGGCAAGAGACAUUGUAUACGUAUUUACACAGUAUACUUUCUUUUCCUUCCUGCCUUUUGCGAGGAUUGUUUACAAGCGGGUAGUAAACGAGCAACCGCGUUGGCGGACAGGAAGAGAAGGCCGGAGGGUGGGUGCAAAUUUUUACACGGGAAUUUGAUAGGAGAGAACUACCUGCACUUCGUACCUUGGACACGAGAAGAGAAUCGACAGACGGAGGCCGGGGGGGUUCAAGGUGGCCUGCUGCAACCAUCACUGACUAACAACGACAACCUUGACAACCACACAACCACACAACCACAUCGACCGGCUUCAUUUCGUCCCUCGAUUUGUGCAAUCUCUACCUGCAGAUGUGCUGUUCCCCUCCGUGAGAUACCUGCGUUCGCUGUGGUGGGUGGCGGGCCCAGAGUUAUCGCUCGGGCGGAACCUUUGGGGUGCCAGUCGUACCAGCAUCCCCAACUCGUCAAACUCUCUUGUCAUGCUAAAGUCUAA